UAGCAGCAAAGCAACCUUCCAGUCAACAGGCAACACAACAGCAAGACAACAAGAUGCUCUUUGCAAAGAUUACCUCGUGGACUGCAUUGAUUUUGUGGCUCAUUGUUUCAGGUGAAAGUACCCUCGGAACCACAAUCUCUCAAACGGACUCACCCUCAUCAGCCGUAUCCAGCCCCAUGCCGGAAAGCUCCACAUCGGCAACUGCUGCACCCACCAGCGCAACACCAGCAGAAACCAGCAGCUCCGCAUCUACCUCACUGACACAAACCUCAGCAUCCAGCGCCAUGGCUGAAACCUCCACCUCCCAGAUAUCAGACAGUACCAGCUCAGCCCCGACAGAGAGCACCAGCUCAGCCCCGACAGAGAGCACCAGCUCAGCCCCGACAGAGAGCACCAGCUCAGCCCCGACAGAGAGCACCAGCUCAGCCCCGACAGAGAGCACCAGCUCAGCCCCGACAGAGAGCACCAGCUCAGCCCCGACAGAGAGCACCAGCUCAGCACCAGCAGAGAGCACCAGCUCCGCACCAACAGAGAGCACCAGCUCAGCCCCGACAGAGAGCACCAGCUCAGCCCCGACAGAGAGCACCAGCUCAGCCCCGACAGAGAGCUCAGCACCAACAGAGAGCCCCAGCUCCGCAUCAACAGAGAGCACCAGCUCAGCGCCAACAGAGAGCACCAGCACCAGCUCAGCCCCAACGGAGAGCACCAACUCAGGACCAACAGAGAGCACCAACUCCGCACCAACAGAAAGCACAAGCUCAGCACCAACAGAGAUCACCAGCUCAGACCCAACAGAGAGCACCAGCACCGCAUCAGCAAAGAGCACCAGCUCCGCAUCAACAUUCAGCACCAGCUCAGCCUCAACAGAGAGCACCAGCUCAGCACCAAUAGAGAACACCAGCUCAGCACCAACAGAGACAGAAGCCAACAGCUCUGCAAUGAGCUCAUCAUCACAAUCCAGUGUAUCUGUCUCGUUGCCAGAAAGCUCCACAUCUCCAGCGGUCACAAGUGCCGGCACAAUGGCCACAGCAGCAGGAAGCCACACAGCUGAUGCAUCCACCUCCCAGAUAGUAGAGAGCACCAGCACAGCACCAGCAGAGAGCACCAGUACAGCACCAACAGAGAGCACCAGCUCAGCACCAACAGACAGCACCAGCUCAGCACCAACAGAGAGCACCAGCUCAGCACCAACAGAGAGCACCAGCUCAGAGCCAACAGAGAGCACCAGCUCAGCACCAACAGACAGCACCAGCUCAGCACCAACAGACAGUACCAGCUCAGCACCAACAGAAAGCACCAGCUCAGCACCAACAGAGAGCACCAGCUCAGCCCCAAGAGACAGCACCAGCUCAGACCCAACAAAGAGCACCAGCACCGCAUCAGCAGAGAGCACCAGCUCAGCGCCAACAGAGAGCACCAGCUCAGCACCAACAGAGAGCACCAGCUCAGCCCCAAGAGACAGCACCAGCUCAGACCCAACAAAGAGCACCAGCACCGCAUCAGCAGAGAGCACCAGCUCAGCGCCAACAGAGAGCACCAGCUCAGCCCCAGCAGAGAGCACCAGCUCAGCACCAACAGAGACAACCAGCUCAGCCCCAACAGAGAGCACCAGCUCAGCCCCAACAGACAGCACCAGCUCACCACCAACAGACAGCACCAGUUCAGCACCAACAGAGAGCUCCAGCUCAGCCCCAACAGAGAGCACCAGCUCAGCCCCAACAGAGAGCACCAGCUCAGCCCCAACAGAGAGCACCAGCUCAGCCCCAACAGACAGCACCAGCUCACCACCAACAGACAGCACCAGUUCAGCACCAACAGAGAGCUCCAGCUCAGCCCCAACAGAGAGCACCAGCUCAGCCCCAACAGAGAGCACUAGCUCCGCACCAACAGAGAUCACCAGCUCAGACCCAACAGAGAGCACCAGCACCGCAUCAGCAAAGAGCACCAGCUCCGCAUCAACAUUCAGCACCAGCUCAGCCUCAACAGAGAGCACCAGCUCAGCACCAACAGAAAGCACCAGCUCAGCCCCGACAGAGAGCACCAGCUCAGCACCAACAGAGAGCACCAGCUCCGCAUCAACAGAGAGCACCAGCUCAGCACCAACAGAGAGCACCAGCUCCGCAUCAACAGAGGCACCAACAGAGAGCACCAGCUCAGCACCAACAGAAACAACAAUUCCAGCAGAAGCCAUCAGCUCUGCAAUGAGCUCAUCAUCACAAUCCAGUGUAUCUGUCUCGUUGCCAGAAAGCUCCACAUCUCCAGCGGUCACAAGUGCCGGCACAAUGGCCACAGCAGCAGGAAGCCACACAGCUGAUGCAUCCACCUCCCAGAUAGUAGAGAGCACCAGCACAGCACCAGCAGAGAGCACCAGUACAGCACCAACAGACAGCACCAGCUCAGCACCAACAGAG